UCCAUAUUCAAGACAGUCUGCGAGCAUGAAGAACUUCAGGAUAGAGAAACUUUCACUUGGAUAACAAAUGCCAAUGUGAACAUGAAAAUUUCUAGUGACCUAACACCAUGUGAAAGCAAUGUGUGUGGAAAGGUUUCCAUGUGUCAAUCACCCUUCAAUAACCAUCAUCCCUCUCACUCUCAGUACAAACCAUGGGAGUAUGAAGGAGUAUGGAAACAAGCCCCAGAACUCUAACUCUCUCACAAGCUGUCAAAGACAUAUGAAAACUCACACUGUGAAUGGACCUUCUGAGAAGAAGACAUGCUUAAAUUAUAUUGAUUUCCAAAGUUUAUUGGUAAUAGAUCAGGAAACACACGGUAUAAAAAACCUCUAUCAAUACAAAGAAUAUAGAAAGACAUCUGCUUAUGGCAGUUCACUUUACACAUCUGGAGGAACUCAAACUGUAAGAAAGCAUUAUCACUGUAAUAUAUGUGGGAAACAUCUGAGUUCUUCCACUUCUCUUCGAGGCCAUGAAAGAAUUCAUAGUGGUGAAAAACCCUAUGAAUGUAAACAAUGUGGUAAAGACUGUGGACAACACAGUUUCCUUCAAGUACAUGAAAAAAGUCUUACUGGAGAGAAAGCCUAUGCAUGUAAAGAAUGUGGUAAGGCUUUUACAUUUUCUAGAUACUUAGAGUUACAUGGAAGAAGACAUAGUGGAGAAAAAACAUAUGAAUGUAAAAAAUGUGGUAAAGCCUUUAGAUAUGAGAGUCGUCUUCAAAGACAUGAAAAAAUGCAUACCGGAGAAAAGCCAUAUGACUGUAAACAAUGUGGUAAAGCCUUUAGAUGUCACAGAUCUCUUCAGUUACAUGAAAAAAUUCAUACCGGAGAAAAACCAUAUGAAUGUAAACAAUGUGGGAAGGCCUUUACAGAUCACAGCAAUCUUCAAAGACAUGAAAAAAUUCAUACCGGAGAAAAACCCUAUGAAUGUAGAGAAUGUGGUAAGACCUUUAGAUAUGAUAGUGAUCUUAGAAGACAUGAAAAAACACAUACUGGAGAGAAACCCUACGCAUGUAGAGAAUGUGGUAAAGCUUUUACACGAUACAAUUAUCUUCAAGUACAUGAAGAAAUUCAUACUGAUGAGAAACCAUAUGAAUGUAAACAAUGUGGUAAAGCCUUUACAAGAUACAGUCACCUUCAAGUACAUGGAAAAAUUCAUACCAGAGAAAAAACACAUGAAUGUAAAGAAUGUGGUAAAGUCUUGAGAUGUCACAGUCAUCCUAAAAUCCAUGAAAGAAAUACUGGAGAGAAACCUUAUGCAUGUAAAGAAUGUAGUAAAGCCUUUAGAUGUAAUAGUCAUCUUCAAAGACAUGAAAAAACUCAUACUGGAGAGAAACCCUAUGCAUGUAAACAAUGUGGGAAGGCCUUUAGAUAUAACAGUUACCUUCAGUUCCAUGAAAAACUUCAUACUGGAGAAAAAGCAUAUGAAUGUAAACAAUGUGGUAAAGCCUUCAGAAGUAGCAGUCACCUUUGUGUACGUGAAAAAAUUCAUACUGGAGAGAAACCCUAUGCAUGUAAACAAUGUGGUAAAACCUUUAUAUGUAAUAGCAAUCUUCAAAGACAUGAGAAAACACAUACUGGAGAGAAACUCUACACAUGUAAACAAUGUGGUAAGGCUUUUACAUCUUCUAGAUCCUUACGGUUACUUGAGAGAAGACAUACUGGAGAGAAGCUGUAUGCAUGCAGAGAAUGUGGUAAAUAAAGCUUUUACAUGAUACAGUUACCUUCAACUACAUGCAAAAAUUCACACGGGAGAGAAACCAUACAAAUGUAAACAAUGUAGUAAAGCCUUUAAAAGAUACAGUCAUCUUCAAGUACAUGAAAAAAUUCAUACUGGAUCAAAACCAUAUGCAUGUAAACAAUGUGGUAAGGCAUUUAGAUGUAAUGGUGAUCUCCAAGGACGUGAGAAAACAUAUACUGGAGAAAAAACCUAUGCAUGUAAAGCAUGUGAUAAAGCCUUUAUACACUAGAGUUACUUUCCAAUACAUGAAAAGCUUCAUACUGGAGAACAACCACACAAAUAAACAAUGUGGUACCGCCUUCAGCUGUCACAGUUUUCUUCAGUUACAUGAAAAAAUUCAUAGUGGAGAGAACCGCAAUGAAUGUAAACAAUGUGGUAAAGACUUCAGAUGUCACUGUGAUGUUCAAAGACAUGAGAAGUUCAUAACAAAGCCCUGUGAAUAGGAACAGUGUGGAAAAGCCUUUAGAAGUCACAGUCUUCUUUACAUGAAGGAAUUCAUAUUUUAGCAAACUUAUGAAUGCGAACAGGGUGGUAAAACCUUAGAUGUCACAGUUACCUUCCUUUAUGUGAAAAUUCAUGUUAGACCAAAGCCCAGUGAGUGAGAGCAAUAUAAGUCCUACAUAUUUAUCUUAAAUUACAUGAAAAAAUUCAU